AGUGUCUAUUGGAAUUGCGCAUAAUAAUCGUAAUAACUGUGAUAUAAAUUCCAUCAAAAAUGUGUUAUCUGGUGUCUUCUUAUAUAGAUAAGGAAAAAAAUUUUUGUCACGUUUUACCAUACUUUUUGGGCUUGGGUACAGUAGAUGUUCAUCUUUUCUACAUUCAAGAAGAUCGUACAGGCUCCGCGUAUGACAAUGAAAAUUCGACUAAGAUUUUUCAUAAACAUAAUUUUAGCCUUACAAUUCACAACGAUCCUGAUGAAUCUAAAUUUAAUGAAAUUCUAGAUGAAAUAAGAAGAGAUAAAAAUCUUGAUGGCACAAGUGGACUAUUUUUACUUUUUUCUAGUUAUGGUUGUGGACGUAAUAAUUUCCGCUUAGCGGAUGGGAAAAUUAUCAAUAUCAUGGAUAUCAUAACUAAAUUUAAUGAUACUAAUUGUGCAAUUAUGAAGGGAAAACCUAAGAUCUUCAAGUGCAUCUCCUCCGGAUUAGAUGAGACAGACUUGCCUUCAGUUCCUCGUCGUCCUUAUGAUCCAGAUUGCAAUGAUAUGUUCGUAGCUUAUUACUGCAGGGAACGCCGUUGGUCGCCUCGAAAUCCAAAUAACGUAAAUUGGUUAAUUCCAGCUUUUUGUGAAGUCCCGCAAGAAUUGGACGAAGUUACCAUGGCAGAUGAAAUAUUUGCUCUUUCUAAAAUUAUAAAACCAGUAAGCCUAUCGUUUUUCAGUGAAUAUCAACUACAUCUUUAUGAAUCACUUGUCCAAGUCUGCAAUUUGUACAAGGUCUCACUCGACGCACUCAUAGAUCUCCCCGAGUGCAAUUUAAUGCGCUGUUGUUCGCUUUUUUAUCCUAUUAUUGGUAUGGACGAAGCUCUUAAGCUAGCAGGUAUUUCUAACAAGCAGAAAACCAUACGAAAUAAUAUCAUAUAUAAGAUUCUGAAUGAAACCCAGAUUAUGCGAAAUGAUUAUGCGCCCAGAUUAUGCAAAAUUCCCCCUAAGAUUGUUUAUGUUCAUUCUCUAAUGAAAUUUAUUAUAAAUUUAAUGAAAUUAGACCAACGUGAAGAAUUUUGUUUCAAUUGGAAUGAUAUCCUUCAAGAAAGGUAUGAUCUUCUUGCGAUCGAAAGACAAUUUAUAGAUAUUCAAAUUACAAAGCUAUGGAAUUCGUUGCCAGCUUCUUUUCAGUAUCAAAUGUCUGAUAAGGUAUUUCGAGAUGAAUUG